CCGGUAAAAAAAAGGCAGAAAGCCGCCGUUUGGUGCUGUCGUUUCGGCAACGUUCGCUAGCCAAACCGAACCCGAUUGCGAGCUAUUUUAGCGGACAUCAAAGUGGGUCUUUAAGGGACACUCUGUUGUUACAACAAAGUCCAGCUCGUUUUAUCAUGACAACGAGAAAAGGCAGCAGUGUGGCGGACACGGUGACUACCCCAACCACCAACCACCAGCACCAGAACCAGCCGAGGAGCCGGAGUCCCAGCAGCGGGGUCCCGGCGUCCGAGGAGACGAGCGGAGGGGCGGAGAUGUUGGGGGAAUUUCAGGAGUGGUGCCUCCGGACGUACGGGGACUCCGGCAAGACCAAGACCGUGACCCGGCGUAAAUACAACAAAAUCCUCCAGACCCUGAUCCAGGGGGACGAAGAGAACAGCAACGGGGUGUUCCUGCACGAGAAGAAUAACAACCACAUCAACGCCAAAUUUAAAUUCUGGGUCAAGUCCAAGGGCUUCCAGGUCGGGACGCUGCAGGACGGCAAGAACGGGUCAUCGGACAGGCCGGUGCUGUACGUCCCCAUCAAGGCGACGUGCGUGGACGGAGUAUCAGGGCUGGACUCGUCCCUGAAGCGCGUGGCGGUGGUGGAGGAUUUCUUUGACAUCAUCUAUGCCAUGCACGUGGAGGUCGGCAGCGACCCAGGCAAAGCCCCGAAACACGCCGGCCAGAAGAAGACCUACAAGGCUAUAGCCGAGACGUACGCCUUCCUGCCCAGAGAGGCGGUGACUCGUUUCCUGAUGAGCUGUGGAGAGUGUCAGAAGAGGAUGCACAUCAGCACCACGGGACACGAGUACAAAGAGAACGACAGGCCGAGCUCUCUGGUGCUGGAGGUGAUCGACUACAACAUGCCUCUCACCACCACCUACAUGAAGCACAUGAAGCUGCAGUGCAUGGGCAACAACAAGGAUGACAGUUCACUGAGCAGCGAGGAGGAGGCCGAGAUGAGCGAGCCCACGUGGCUAGCAGCUGAUCUGGGAGCAGCGUCUGACCUGAGCCCGCCGAGCCGAGGAGAGAGGAUGCGCCCCAGUCCCCUGAACGCACACAGCAAGGAGGAGGACGAGGACUCGUCGUCAGAGAGCGGCAGCAGGAGCGGCCUGCCAGCCCUGACCCCUCCCUCCUCCGCUGGGGCGGACGCUGCCAUAGUCAGGGAAACCAAGGUCAACGGCAACGGUGGCCCCGCCCCGCUGGACUUCAGCUCGCCUACUUCCUCCUCCUCAUCACCCGAGGACCAGCAGCCGAUGAACCUUAGCGACCCCCCCCCUCAGCGCCUGCCCCUGCCCGUCACCGUGUCGGCGGCGGCCGCGGCUCUGCUCGGCGCUCUGCAUCCCAGCGCGCCCGAGGAGCUCCGCAGGAAGUACCCGCUGGCUGCCAAACCUCCCGUGGCUCCACACCCGGCGCUGCCUCUGCCGCUGGCGCACACACACAACGCGCACGCUCCCAUCACACACUCCCAGUCACACACACACACCGCCGAGCUGCGACUGGACCGAGACGCCAGGGACUACGGGGGCAAGUCCCCCCAGUACAGUUCGGGCGGCAGCUACAACAGCGUGAAGAUGGACUUGGGUGCCGAGGACCUGACCACGGGGCGCCAGGUCGGCCCCGACGACGACGACGACGACCAUGACGACCACGACGACAACGACAAGAUCAACGAGGCAGAGGGAGUCGACCCCGAGAGACUAAAGGCCUUCAACAUGUUUGUGCGUCUGUUUGUGGACGAGAACUUGGACCGGAUGGUUCCCAUCUCCAAGCAGCCGAAGGAGAAGAUCCAGGCCAUCAUCGAGUCCUGCAGCAGACAGUUCCCAGAGUUCCAGGAACGCGCCCGCAAGCGCAUCCGCACCUACCUCAAAUCCUGCAGACGCAUGAAGAAGAGCGGCAUGGAGACCCGUCCUACUCCGCCUCACCUCACCUCAGCCAUGGCUGAGAACAUCCUGGCUGCCGCCUGUGAGAGCGAAUCACGCAACGCCGCAAAGAGGAUGCGCCUCGACACCUAUCACGAUGAGCAGAUCUCUCUGGACAAGCCGUCCAGCGGUGGAGGGGGUCUGAGGGAGCCGGCGUCCCUCGCUCACUCCGCCUACUCCCUGGCCGCAUCAGCCUUCUCCUCCCAGGACACCCAGCUCUACAUCAACGGAGCUGGCCUCAGCUACGGUUACCGUGGAUACCCGGGCCUGGGCGCAGCCAUGCAACACCCCGUUUCCCUGACGACCGGCGCUGCUGCUCAGAGCAACGGCCCCACAGACCUCAGCAUGAAGUCUCUCUCCUCUGCCAACAUCAGUAACUCCUCCUCCUCUGCCUCCGCCAACAACAGCCUGGGUGGGCGGGGCAGCGGGGGUGGCGGAGGGGGCGGGGCCUCGACCCAGCUCAGCCAACCGGAGAUCACAGCCGUGCGUCAGCUGAUCGCCGGCUACCGGGAGUCGGCCGCCUUCCUGCUUCGCUCGGCAGACGAGUUGGAGAACCUCAUCCUGCAGCAGAACUGAUCUGGGGGAAACGUCAGAGAAUACACGCACACACACACAGACACACACACAUACACUUCCCAUUGUUUGUUUUGUGUCUGUCUGCGUCCCGUCUCUCCUCAUCGAUGCUGAACACCAGACCUCUUUUUUUUUUGUGCUAUUCCCUGCCUUCUCUUUGAUAACAGAGGGACAGAGUGAGGAUGAUGAAUCCAAACCCCACCAUCCCUAAAACAAUCCCCCCCCCCACAACCUCCAUCCAUCCAUUCUGAAAAUGAAAAAAAAGAGAGAGAAAAAAGGAGCAUUUGGACUCUGAAGGGAUUUCUUCCUCUCCUCUCUGGGAGCACCUCACAAUCAGCACUACACUCUGAGCCAAGGAGUGAGGAGGAGAGGAAGAAAGGAGGAGAGGAGCCUGGAAGAAGAGUAAAAGAGACUGUUGGAAAAAAAAGAAAAGAAAGACUUUGCCUCCUCGUGGCUGGAGAAGUGAUGUUUGUGGAGCUCCAAGUUGGGGAGUUUUGAUUGACGGGUGCCCCGGCCAACGCCGUCUUAUGAUGAUAACAAUUUAAAAAAUGAAUAUGACUCCCUGAAUUAGUACGACUGAAGCUGUUAAAUGACACGUGUUUUUUGAUUGGAUUGGGUAUUUAAUUUGUUCUUUUUUUGGGGGGGGAGUCCAGUGAGUUUAGUUUUUGACCCUUCCCAAGUGACUGGAAGAAAGAGGCGGUUUGACUUCUCCACACAGAUAGCACUAAAUACGAGUGGCGAGGGGCGAGAGGAUGGGAACUGGACAAGAAAAAGAGGAGUUGUUGUUGUUGUUGUUGUUGUUGUUGUUGUGAUGCUGCAGGCUUGUAUAUAAGCUCUCUGUGUCCUUUAGCACUUUUCCCUUACCUGACACCCCGUCCUCCUCACCCCUUUUACCCAGGGAGCAACUUGCUACUUAUGCAUUCAAGACGCCAUGUGGAACACCAGGAAAUACCUCAGAUCAGACCUGCCAACUCCAUUUUCAGUUCCUCAAACACACACACACACACACACACACAUAAACAUAGACACACUCUGCAAGUGAAUGGUAACAUUCCCACCAGAAGCCAGUUUACUUCUACUUUACCACCCGAUGUCUUCAAGGUUUAUAUAUAUUUUGGGGGGGGCGGAUCAAACUGUAUUUCACAAAAGACCUGUAAUGUGGAAACGAUGAAGCAUUUCAAGAACUGAUGAUGUAAACACUGAAAUCUUUUUUUCUUUCAUAUGUGCUGCUGUAUAUAACCACUUCAUGUAGAAAGACUUGAGAAGAAUCCGAGUUGAACGGUGACUUUCUCCUUAAAUGGGAGGGUGUGUGUGUGUGUGUGUGUGUGUGUGUGUG